AUGUGGACAGGAACGCCACCAGGCAUGAUCAUCGCCAAAUGGGAACAAUACAUCAAAAGAGAAACCAGAGACAGAACCAACCUACAAACCGCGACACGCACAACCAGGGGCAGCACAGCACAAGCGGACAUAGACACCAAACACACCAUCAUACUCACAGCCGGGAGGAGAGUGACGGAGGCGUGGAGCAGAAGUUUAGUCGAGGAAGAUCCAUAUGCACAGCCAGGAACGAUCGAAAACGCUAUGGACGCACCAAACAAAAGCUACACGGGAUAUUUCAACAUGGCAAGGCUAGGACAAACCAGAGUCCACAAGGUUGACUCACAAGGACACACACAAGAACACAAGAUCUACGAUACCACCAAAAUCUCCCCCAGCUUCCACACAACACCCAUGAUCUCAGCACAAGGCACAAUAGCAAUCGCAACCAACGACGCCAAGGUAUCAUCACUGGUCCGAACGAUCAGACCUUGGGAAGCCCUCAGCCUGUUUGGUUUCACAAAAGAGGACAGCAGAAAACUGUUGUUUGAGGAGAAACUCAGUUGGAGAGAGACAAAAGAACCGAAGUCAGCACCAAUGCGUCAACUACAACGAGCGGUCGUCCCACCAAGAUUGAGAGCAACAAUCAUAGCAGCAUACCACGCAUCACCAAUGGCAGGACACGUAGGGUUCCACAAGACGUAUUACAGGAUAGCCGCAAGGUUUUGGUGGCCAGGGAUGGCAAAGGAUAUCAGAGAAGCAGUCUUAGGAUGCGGACAUUGCAACGCAGCCAACGCGUCAAGCCACAAGAACCAAAAGAUUCUACAACAGACACCAAUAGAAGAACCAUUUGACGUAUGUUGCAUGGACGUGUGGUCGCCAGGAUCAACAAAGAACGCUACCAAACUGUCCACAACUUUGAGGAAGACACUCACAAACAAAGGAGUAGUCACGUACGUUUGCAACAUGAUAGGUUGCGCCACGGUUGCGUUCAUCAGCUCCAUGAACUCAGGGAACAUGGCCAGAAUAGCAUUCUUGCAAUUCUUCACCGUCAGAGGCCUGCCACGAUUGAUCCUCAUUGACGAAGGCAGCAAAAACAAAGAUCAAUUUACAGCCCUAUGCAACACGAUUGGAAUCGCAUACCACACGGUCAGUCCAGAAAACCAUGACAGAAUACUAUGUGAAAGAUUCCACAAAUACCUCAACAAAGUGCAACAAAUUGGAGCAGCCGACAUGAACACAUACGAAGAAUGGGCAAUGAACACCAUGUUUGGAACGUGCGCAUGGAACGCAGCCCCAGUAGAUGGCACGGAUAUCCAACGAGCAUUUGCAGCAGUGGCACGACACUUCAAAUUCCCAAUAGACAACGCAGCAGCGGCAUUGUCAAUAUCGGAGGCGCGUCAGAAAAAACAGGACACAACACCAGCAAACGCCGGGACAGAACACAUUAGAGCACAUCAAGACAAUGUUCCCACUUUCUGGAGACAAAAGGAACUGCUUAAACUUCUCAAUGAGGAACGAAGGGAACACCAGCAAAGGCUCAAAAAUCAAACCAGAACGCGACGGAAAUUUGCCCUUGGAGACAUUCUUAUGGUGCGGAAACAAGUACAAUCAAACGCCUCUGCAGGAAUACCAGCAAAACUGGUGCUACGAACAAAAGGACCUUACAGAGUCAUUGAGAAAGCGUCAGAAGACUUGUACAGACUACAAAAGAUCCCAGGGACAAGCACCAUGCUAACAAAAGCGAGGAUUGACCCCAAUCAAAGAAUCAGCAUUCAGAAUGCACAAGAUCCCAUCAACGAUAGUACUACACAAACGAGUGGACACACCAGAUACAAGACUAGCAAACAUGAGGAGCCCGCUAGCACACAGCCCCCUGGAAAUGAAUCUAGGACUAGUUGA